ACUCUACCUAUUGGGCCUUGACUUUCUCUCUCACUUCUUGUGAUAUAUAAUGAGAUAGUGGGUGUGUAGUCGUUAUUGAGUGAGGGAUAAAUAUACUCUUCGAACAACUGAAAAAGGCCUCUCUCUCUCUAUAUGCGAAUAAGAAUGUUGAGUGUUAAAUUAUUAAGGAAAAACAUCACUGUUUUGAGAGAUUCGCUUUCUCCGACAUGCCUCAUCAGAGGAUUGUCUUCUCAGACUCGAAAUGGAAGGCUUGAUGGCAAGGUGGCACUAAUCACAGGAGCAGCAAGCGGAAUAGGGAAAGCAACUGCCACCAAAUUCAUCAACAAUGGCGCCAAAGUCAUCAUAGCAGACAUCCAACACCAUCUCGGCCAAGCCACGGCGAAGGAGCUCGGUCCAAACGCGACCUUCAUAGCAUGCGAUGUCACCAAAGAGUCUGAUAUCUCCGCGGCCGUGGACUUCACAGUCUUCCAACACAACCAGCUCGACAUAAUGUACAACAACGCAGGGGUCCCCUGCAACACUCCUCUGAACAUUGCAGACCUGGACAUGGCGGUGUUUGAUAGGAUCAUCGACAUCAACGUCAGAGGAGUGGUGGCUGGGAUUAAACACGCUGCCCGUGUGAUGAUCCCACGAAAAACUGGCUCAAUUCUAUGCACUGCAAGCGUCACGGGAGUCAUGGGGGGCUUGGCGCAGCACACCUACUCUGUCUCCAAGUCUGCUGUUGUAGGAGUUGUGAAGUCUGUGGCUGCUGAGCUUUGCAAGUACGGAAUAAGGGUCAAUUGCGUCUCUCCCUUUGCCGUACCGACUCCGUUUGUGAUCGAUGAAAUGCGUCGGCUCUUCCCGGGGUUUGAUGAUCGCCGGAUCACAGAAAUGGUUUAUAGUACGGGUGUUUUGGAAGGAGCAAAUUGUGAGCCAGAUGAUGUAGCUAAUGCAGCCCUGUACCUUGUGUCGGAUGAGGCUAAGUACGUAAGUGGUCAUAAUUUAGUAGUGGAUGGAGCUUUUACGUCUUUCAAGAGUUUGGAUUUUAAAUUCCCCAUACCAAAUCAGGAGCAAUGAAAACAUAUAUUUUUCAAUGUCUAACUUUGAGAAAUGUUAAGGAGAUUACAGCAAGUGAGCUCGGGUAUGAGUAUCUUAAUUUUUUUCACUACAAUGCACAUAAAUUUAUGUACAUAUUUCCCUCCACAAUAUGUCUCAACUUGCUUAA